AUGGCAGGGUCAAUGUACCAUUCCCAAACCAAGGACCGCUACAGUUCAAUUCCGCCGCGUUACGAGGACAUCACAAUGGCUGAUGAUCCCGCUCCGGUAACAAUCACGGCAAAUGAUAUUGUGAUUGCUGUCAUGGGCGUCACAGGAGCGGGAAAGAGCACAUUUAUCUCUUACUUUUGUCCAACAGCCAGAGCUGGCGAGGGACUUGAAUCUUUCACCAGGAGCGUCGAAGCCCACGAAGCUGACAUCGAUGAUCAACGGGUGAUCCUCAUCGAUACGCCUGGCUUUGAUGAUACCCAUCGCACCGAAACCGCCGUCCUCCGCGAGGUGGCCGCUUGGUUGAAUCGAUCCUACGAAGCCAACAUUAAGCUCGCCGGGAUCAUUUAUUUGCACCGCAUCAAUGACAAUCGACUGGGCGGAGCAGCUCUGAGGAAUCUUCGAAUGUUCAAACAGCUUUGCGGGGAAGAUCGGUUGUCGUGUGUUGUCCUUGGAACAACCAUGUGGGGUCUCGUGCCAGUAAACACAGCUAUCAAGCGGGAGAUCGAGCUGAAACAAAAUGAAGAGUUCUGGGCAGGGAUGAUAAGAAAGGGCAGUAAAGUCUUCCGACAAGAUAACGGUCUCGUCUCUGCCUUGGCGAUCAUCCGUUUUAUUCUUUCGAAGCGCAGCCGUGAUGCACCUGGUGGCGUGACCCUGCAAAUUCAGGAAGAAAUGGCUCGCGGUGCAACAUUGGAUGAAACCGCAGCAGGACGCGAAGUCAAUGCCGAGAUCGACCGACUCCGGUCACAACACAAGCAGGAACUGCGCGACCUCCGAGCUGAAUUCGAGGAGGCCCAGAAACUGAAUGAUGCUCAUUACCGGGAGGAACUCUUGAGAGUGAAGGCAGACGUGGAGAAGAAAAUGAAGGAAGAACGAGAUGAUAGGGAACGAAUGAGAGUUACGUGGGAGCAACUUAAGAAACAAAGGGAUGAAGAGUUACAGUUAGAGCGUCAAAAAGCCUAUGAAUUGGAACUCGAGCAUAGAGAAACGAUAUUAAAGAAGGAGGCGGAACUUGAUGGUCUCAAAUCUAGGAAUGACCUUGAAGCAGAACUUAUUAAAGAAAGACUGAUGAAAGAUUUGGAAAAGGCAAAAGCCGAGAGAUAUAGGGAGCAACUGAGGAGGCUGCACACCCCAUGCGUUGUUAUGUAGAUCAUUCGUCCGACGUCAAUAUGAGCUCUGUUCUUUCAUG